AUGCGUUAUAUCGUCGCCUUUCUUUCUCUUUUGACUCUGGUCAAUGCCCAGUUUGGUGGCUUUUUUGAUCAGAUGUUUGGGCAACAAGGCGGCCACGGCCACGAACACCACCAAGCUCAACAGCAGAAUAACCCAAGUGAUGCGAACCAUUACAAGCACAAUUACGAGAACUCUCGCUGCGAUAAAUACCUCUGCCCCGAUACACUCGCAUGCGUCCACUUCCCUCACCACUGUCCUUGCGCUUGGGAGGCUCAACAAGAAAAGUUCGAAUUAGCCGAAGGACAACGCAUUUGCGCAUCUCGUGGUGGAUUCCGUGAUGGUGAAACUGCACGAAAGAUUGAGUUGGCACGAAAGGGUCUACUGUGA